AUGUCGGGAGCUCUCGCCGCACCGGUGGAAUUUGGGCCCGAGCACAUGCCGCUGGGCACGGAGCUGGUGCGAGUGCUCACCAUCGGCGACGUUUCCCGAUUGAAGGAGGUGCUGAGCGGCGAAGGCCGCACGCAAAGGGCGGACGGCCACGUCGCGAUUAAAGUCAACGGCACGUCAUCACCGGGCGCGGGAACGGGAACGGGAAGCCUCCUCGGCGUGACGAUCAACGGGAACACCGCGCUGCACCUUGUCGCCAGCCGCGGGCACGCCGAGCUCGCCGCGUUCGUCUGCGAGAGCGCGCCCUCGCUCGUCGCCGCGCGCAACAGGGGCCUCGACACGCCGCUGCUCUGCGCGGCGAAGGCCGGGAGCAGGGGCGUGGCGGCCUGCCUCCUGUCCAGGAUGCGGUCCGCCGCCGGUGGAGCGGACGAGGCGGCGGCGCUGCGGGCGAGGAACCGCCUGGGCGCCACUGCCCUGCACGAAGCCGUCCGGCUGGGCCGUGCCGGGGUGGUGGAUCUCUUGAUGGCCGAAGCUCCCGAGCUGGCGUCGGUGGCGACCGACGAUGGUGUCUCGCCCCUGUACCUGGCGGCAGAGACUCGGUCGGAGCAGAUGGUCCGGCUGCUGCUUCGUCCGGCGGCUGACGGAACGCCGUCGCCGGCCUCAUUUGCUGGUCGCCAUGGACGGACUGCUUUGCACGCUGCGGCAACUUUUAGCAAAGAUAUGGCUCAAGAAAUACUGAACUGGGAGCCGGUUGGUCCAACUCUGCUUACCAGAGCUGAUUCGUCAGGGAGAACCCCUCUUCAUUUCGCAAUACUGCAUGGACAUCUGGAUGUUGUUGAGCUGUUCCUCGAAGUCCAUACAUCCAUAGACCAAACUCGCAUUUCCGACAGCCAUGGCUCAUUUCCGGUGCACGCUGCUGCCAUCGCGGGGAGCACACGGAUCCUUGAUGAGCUCGUGAAGAAAUGCCCUGACUACUACGAAUUGGUCGAUGACCAAGGAAGAAAUUUUCUCCAUUGUGCAGUUGAGCAUAAUCAGGACAGGGUGGUCCAGCACAUCUGCCAGAAUGACACCUUUGCUAUGCUGUUGAACGCAACGGAUUAUGAAGGGAACACGCCACUCCAUUUGGCUGUAAAAUACGGGUUUCCGCGGAUCGUCAGUACGCUGUUGCGAAAUAUGAGUGUGGAAAUAGGCAUUGCCAACAAGGAUGGCCUAAGUGUUCAAGAUCUUGCUAACCGUGCAAUAACACCAGCAAGAUGGUGCUACUUUCUGGAUACACAUUUUAUCGUGUCGAAUUGUCUGUGCUGGCUGGGACUGGGAACAUGCAUUACUCCAGAUCGACGGCUCCACCCUCUUCAUCAGCAGGCAGACCCGAACCCAACCGAAGAAGGAGCUUCUGACGACGAAGAGCAUGUCAUGCUGAGAAACGGCACGAUUGGAUCAGUCCUCAUCGCCACCGUGGCAUUCGCGGCAGCUUUCACCGUGCCGGGCGGUUUCGUCGCCGACGAUCGCCCGAGCGCCGGGACGGCGAUCCUGGCGAGGCGGUUCGCGUUCAGAGCGUUCGUGGUGUCGUCCAUCAUGGCCUUCCUAUGCUCCAUCAUGGCAACCUCCUUCCUUAUAUACGGCGGCGCGAGAGAGAAUCCACUGAGCCAUCGGAUCUGGUACAAAGUGCUGGCUUCUAGGUUCAUGCCGCUAGCAGUGCGAUGCAUGAUCGCUGCGUUUGCCUUCGGGUUUCACCUGGUGCUCGGCGACGCCAACCGCGGGCUGAUUGUCUUCGUGUACGUGGCGUCUCUGGCUCCGUUGCUCUUCUGCUUCCCUGACGUCUGGAUUCCCUUGCAACUUGGGCUGGCGAGGACGGUGUGGCGGCGAGCGGGAUGGCGGGGACUUGUCAACAUACACAGACGGCCGUCGAGCCUGAUACAAUUGGCCCAACUUUUCAUGGCAAGCUUUUUGUUCCAAUAUCUUGGAGGCACAUUGCUUGUUGUGCUCAUCGCCGCCGCCUUCGCGGCGGCAAUCGCACUGGAUAUUAGUUUGCCAAACUACUGA